AUGUCCACAACUACUAAGAAAAACAAGAACAGGAUCUUGAUAGAGAAUCACAAACAGUUCCUGGAAGAAGUUUCCAAAACAGCCACUUUAUCAGUUUGGAACUCGAAAUUUUCAAUCAAACGACUGUCUCUAGAAGCAGAUCCCGUGGAAGGGACGCCUGAAGGAAUCAGAGAUAUCCCACAAGGAGUAGAGACAAACUCUAUAAUAGGAAACAGCGUAGAGAAUGAUUCAAAGUCACACCCCAUUUUAUUCAGAUAUACAGCUAGACACGCAAAGGAGAAAAUACCAGAGGUGCGAAUUUCAACCACCGUUGAUUCAGAGCAGCUAAGCACCUUCUGGAGAGAUUAUGUGGACAUAUUGAAGGGAAGCUCCCAAUUGAAACUGCAGUCAGAAACCAAGAAAGUCAGUAGUAAGAAGAGCAAGGCGAAGAAGAAGAGAGGAAAGGGUGCAUGGUAA